AUGAUGCUGCGGAAGGGAAGUGGCCGUGGCAGGAGAAACCCAGAGACCUGGCACAUUAAGGUCCAACUAGGACGACUGAGACCCUCAUAUAAUGACAGUGUGAAGGUGGCCAGGAUCAUCCGCCACCCCAAGUACAGCCUUGAAAAUGAAGCAAAAGGUGGGGCGGACGUGGCACUUCUCAAACUGGAGGCCCCCGUGCAACCAUCUAACCUCGUCAGGUGGAUCCGCCUCCCACCAGCCUCCUCCGCAUUCCCCCCAGGCACACGGUGCUGGGUGACUGGCUGGGGCGACAUUGCUUUUAAAGAGCCGCUGCCGCCGCCCAAAAAUCUGCAGGAGGUGGAGGUCCCCAUCGUGGAAGAUGAGAUCUGUUGGUGGCAAUACGGCAGUCUUAUCAAGGACGACAUGCUGUGUGCCGGGAGCGAAGGCCGGGGCACCUGCUAUGGAGACUCUGGGGGCCCCUUGGUCUGUAAAUGGAGGGACAGCUGGGUCCAGGUAGGCGUGGUGAGCUGGGGAAAUGAUUUCUGUUUUGCCAACUUUCCUGGAGUCUAUGCCCGAGUGAAAUAUUUCUUGCCUUGGAUCCUCGGUCAUAUUCAUUCUUCUCCUUGA